AUGUUAAAUGCUCUGUCUGAACUUAUCCGACUCCAGAAGUUGAGCAAGUUAUCAAACUCAGACUUGAAUUUUAAUCAUAUGAAGUUGUACAAAAAUCAAAAAUUGGAUAAGUAUUAUUGGUUUAACGCAAU